AUGCCUCAGCCUGUGCGCUCACACCGGUCCGGCGGGUCGACGGGGGAAGCGGUGGUGGCAAAGGUGACCGCGCUUCGACUGGAUGACGUGGCGGAGGUUUAUUCGUCGGAUGAAGAAUUUCUGGACAUGUUUUGCGAACGCGACUCUGACAUUCGCGAUAACUUACGCGAACAAGGAGUGCGCGACCACAAUGGCGGCGCGCACGGCGUCGCAGGGCAACACUCGUCGACGGCGGUAGCAAUUCCCUCUGCGACUGGUGCGACUGUGUCCAGAUCGCCGUCGCUGUCGCAGUUGUCGCAGCGCUUCGUCAUACCGCAUUCGCACACCGUGCCGCUUCCGCCGCCGUCUCCUGCGGGCGCGCGGAGGGCGCUGCGGAAGGCCUAUAGCCACAACGACGAGAAAAACGUCCGCGCGAUCGGCGGAAGCGGUAGGCGCAACUCCCGCUUGGCGCAGGCGAAGGCGGGUGGCGCAAGUCCCGUUCAGGCGGGCGGGUUUCACUGCUAUGCGGUAGAGGAGUCCCCGCACACCCCCGCGCGUAGCCGCGGGGAAGGGUCUGCGGUAGAUUUCGCGGAAGGGCCCGCGGAAGGUUUUGCGGAAGGCUCCGCGCAUAGAGGCGUGGGGGUUGAUCGCAACGAUGCCGGUGACGAUAACGCGACUUCGCGUGGCGGUAAUUCUGACCGUUGGAUCGACGAUACGGACGACUGGAUGCCGCCCACGCCAAGACGGCAGCAGCAGACGCAGACGCAGGCGCAUACGCAACAGCAGCAGCACCAGCAAGCGCAGCAGCAGCAGCAGCACCGGCGCGAGCUUCAGAAGCAGGGGUCAAAUCCCGAAACUCGAGGCGCCUCGAGAUCCGGAAAUCGCGCUGGGGAUGUCGGCCAUCCCGUGGCGCCCCAUGCGGUAACCAGCGCUGCGGCGCAGAUAAACUCCGGAAUGGCGCAAACUCACCCCGCGGCGCGUUUCUCGCCACGCACGGUUCGCGGGACGACCGCGGCUAUAAGCGGACGAUCGCGCAGCUCGUCGGAUCUGCAGCGCGCCGCCAAUACCUCCGCGCUUCUCCCGCAUUUUCCCGCUUCCCCUUCCGCAGAUUCCCCGUCCGCCGCUUCCCCUUCCGCCCCGUCCCCUUUCCCUGCCUUUCCACCCUCUCUCUCCGCGCCCUCCGCCCGCCCCACGCUAGCUCUCGUCUCCCCCUCUUCCUCCUCUUCCGCCGGCCCCUCCCCCUCUUCCGCUUCCCCUUCCCCUUCGUUCCCCGCCUUCCCGCCGCCGGCGGCGCUCGCAUUUCGUACUGCUAGAGCCACUGCCCGUGACGUGGCACCUGCGUCCCCUCGCCGCCUGACGGGGAUCGCGGCGGCACUCGCGGCGCAGGCCGCGGCGGACGCGGCGGCGGCAAUUCCGUCCGACGUGGAUUCGGACGAAGAAGCGAUGGGGAUCCUAAACGCGCUGCGGCGGUCGCGCAGCAACCCGCGAUCUUCGCUGCCGUCAUUUCCGCCAGUGGACUCUGCUGCGGGGCAAGGAUCCGCGCACGGUUCCGCGCAGGCGCCGCUAGUAGGGUGCGCGGCGGAAAAAUCUGCGCGUUCUUGUGGUGGUGGAGGGGGAACUGUUGCUGGCGUGUACGCGUCUGGUGCUGGCUGCAGUAACGAGUACAGUGGAAGCUACAAAGGUACGGAGUUGGAAAGGGAGGAAGAGGGGAAGGAGGAGGAGGAGGAGGGGGAGGAGGAGGGGGAGAGGGAGGGCUUGACACCCCAGCAGCUCGGGAUAGGUCGAGUGACUUGCUUUGGGAAGCGGAGAGGAGAGAGGAGGAAAGGAGGGAGAGAAUUGCUGAGGAGAUGCAAAAGAGGGGAUGGGGAGGUGUGGAGGGGUCUGUGGGGGAGUGGGGAGGUGUGGAGGGGUCUGCAAGGGAGUGGGGAGGUGUGGGUGGGAGUCGCAGCUUCACAAUAG